AAGCAGGGGUGUGAUCGUGGCGGACUCGAAAACCUUACCCUCUUCCUUUUAUCAGGUCUCAAGGAAGAAGCCAAAGCAGGGGGCAUCGCUCACUCUAGUUCAGCUCACAGAUUGGUUGACGCUACAAACCUAUAAUGACGAUUGUAAGCUAUGCUGGCAUUACGAGACCUAGUUUUUUGCUUGCACAUCCAGAGUUACCUGUUCUCGUCUAUUGCAAACUACAGCUAAACUCUAUAUCAACUCUUAGAAUCCCAAGUAAUGACAUGAAGAGGACUGGGGUCACAAGAUUUCGGUGUUAUGUUGCUGAGAGAACGUUUGAAUCAACUUCUGUGGGUUCAUCUCUAUCCAACACAGGUAAUGUUCGUUUGGGUCGGAAGCAAAGAAGCUCUUCAUCCCUCUAUAGUCGACCUAGUUUGCUGGAAAUGAAAAAUGAGAAGAUAGCAAAUCGUGCCAAGGUUUAUGAAUUCUUAAGGGGAAUUGGUAUUGUCCCUGAUGAACUUGAUGGGUUGGAACUUCCUGUGACUACUGAGGUUAUGAGGGAACGUGUUGAUUUCCUUCACAAAUUAGGUCUCACAAUUGAGGACAUCAACAACUACCCACUUGUGCUUGGUUGCAGUGUGAAGAAGAACAUGAUUCCGGUGCUUGACUAUCUUGGAAAAUUGGGUGUUAGGAAAUCCACUUUCACUGAGUUCUUAAGAAGAUAUCCCCAAGUCCUUCAUGCUAGUGUUGUUGUAGAUCUAGAUCCAGUGGUCAAAUAUCUUCAAGGAAUGGAUAUCAAGCCAAAUGAUGUCCCUCGGGUGCUUGAGAGAUAUCCUGAAAUUCUGGGGUUCAAGCUUGAAGGGACCAUGAGCACAUCAGUGGCUUAUUUGGUAGGAAUUGGGUUAGCAAGGAGAGAAGUUGGAGGGGUUUUAACUAGAUACCCAGAGAUUUUGGGGAUGCGAGUAGGACGGGUGAUCAAGCCUUUUGUGGAGUAUCUUGAAAGCUUGGGCAUACCAAGACUAGCUGUAGCUAGAUUGAUAGAAAAGCGACCUCACAUCCUUGGUUUUGGAUUAGAGGAACAGGUGAAACCAAAUGUUGGAUCCCUUUUAGAGUUUAAUGUAAGAAAAUCCUCACUUCCUUCUGUGGUAGCACAAUAUCCUGAGAUUAUUGGAAUUGAGCUGAAUGAAAAACUUCGGGGUCAACAGUGUUUACUUCAUUCAGUUAUUGAUUUGGGCCCUGAGGACUUUGGCAGAGUUGUUGAGAAGAUGCCACAGGUUGUCAGCCUUAGUAGACUACCUAUUGUGAAACAUGUGGAUUUCCUUAAAGACUGUGGAUUCUCGUUGCAACAAGUGAGGGCAAUGGUUGUGGGAUGUCCCCAUUUGCUUGCUUUGAAUCUUGACAUUAUGAAACACAGUUUUGAUUACUUCCAAGUCGUGAUGGAAAGACCUUUGGAUGAUUUGGUUACUUUCCCUGCUUUCUUUACAUAUGGUUUGGAGUCCACUAUAAAACCAAGACAUAAGAGGGUUGCAAAGAAGGGCAUGAAGUGUUCACUUUCAUGGCUCCUUAACUGCUCUGAUGAGAAGUUUGAGCAACGAAUGGAGUAUGACACUAUUGACAUGGAGGAGAUGGAGAUGCCAUCAUUUGACAUGAAUACUCUGACGGAACCAAGGAGUGAAGAUUCUGCUUCUGACUAUGAUGACAGUGAUGAUGAGCACAUUUAGAGCUAUUAGUCAGAUGUAAGAAGUGGUCUGCAUUGGAGGAUCUUGGCUUCAUGAAAUUGAUUUUCAUGUUGAGUAGAUGCAAUUUCAAAGCUGGACUUUGCAGGAAGUAACUGAUGGUAAAAUACUAGUCGGCAUUUGGGUUAUGUGGGUGAAUGUGAAGGGAUCCUGAUGGAUACAAUUGAUCUCACAAUACCAACCCAAAAUGUGAAUAUGGCGGUGUCCUGCUUAUCCCUUGAAAGAGCAUUUUCCUCCCACAACAGAGGGCUAGGUCAUUGAGCUUGUACUAUUUAUAAUUAUAAACAUGCUACAGCUUGUGAUGCUAAAUUACAUUAGUCCCUGUAUUAUCAUACUGUUGGUCUUCAUCCAUUCUAUCUGGAGCUUUUUCACGAACCAGUUCAACAAACAGAACUUUGUUUUGGUGUUUAAUUUUUCA